UAGGAACUAUUUUUCAGUGACGCAGGAACUUCGGUGCUGAAACUGUGUGAAUAAUUUGAUUAGAGGUGUCUGAACUUCUUCCACCGUCGCCUGAUUAUAUUCGCGUUCAAUUUCCCUGCAUGUAUUUCUAAAACAGACGAAGCCACAAUGCUAAUUAAAGUCAAGACACUCACUGGCAAAGAAAUCGAGAUCGACAUCGAGCCCACAGACAAGGUGGAGAGAAUAAAAGAGAGAGUGGAGGAGAAAGAGGGGAUCCCACCCCAGCAACAGAGACUCAUCUACAGCGGAAAACAGAUGAAUGAUGAGAAAACGGCAGCUGAUUACAAGAUCCAGGGUGGCUCUGUGCUGCAUCUGGUUCUUGCACUGAGAGGUGGGCGGGUCCACCAGCAUCCCAGCAUCCUCCUCUCAUCUGUGUGACCGCCAGCCCUGGCUCGGCCACCUUAGAUAUGUGCUCGCACAUGUCACCAGAAGCCAUUUGAACCAUCUGGACUGACGAGUGGCAGCCACUGCAUUCUUUGUUUGUCAGCUUUUUCCUGUUUAUGCCACUCCCUGUUCAUUUGUUAAGAGCAUCAUCAAGUUUACAAGAAGUGUUAAAAAACUGAUGUAUCAGUUUGUCAAUAAAAAUUGAGGCAACCAUUUAAGCAUG